AUGAAGCGGCGACUGCGAGCAUCCGUAUGGUGGCCGGGAAUAGACAAGGAUGUGGAGCAGAGAUGUAAGAAGUGUAUCGAAUGCCUAGCCGUUGGAACGGGUUCUAAUCCGGAACCACUGCAGAUUCGAGCAAUGCCUUCGAAGCCAUGGAGCCACCUGAGUGCAGAUUUUCUUGGACCACUUCCGAGUGGAAGAUUCCUAUUCGUACUGGUAGAUUACUACAGCCGAUAUUGUGUGGUGGAAAUAAUGUCCACUACGACUUCCGCAGCCGUUAUACAGCGUUUGGAGCGUAUAUUCACUCGACUCGGACUACCCGAUGUACUGACUACGGACAACGCAGCCAAUUUCUGCAGUCAGGAGUUUAAGGAUUUUUGCGUCGAUAACGGGAUCAAGCUUGCCCACACUACACCGUACUGGCCGGCUGCAAAUGGUGAAGUAGAGCGGCAGAACCGCUCGAUUUUGAAGGUUUUGAAAAUCGGACAGAUGAAAGGAGAAACGCUGGAGCGAUGUCUGCAAGAAUACCUAUAUAUGUACACGGUCACACCUCAUUCCGUGACCGGUGUAUCACCAGCGGAGUUGAUGUUUGGGAGAAGGUUCAGAGAUAAAUUCCCACAAAUAAGUGAAGACCCGAUAUUAGAAGACGAGAUUAAAGAUCGGGACCUGAUGCAUAAGUAUCAAGCCAAAUUGUAUCGUGACAAAAGAGUGAAUGCACAAGAAUCGAAUAUCGGAAUUGGAGACCAGGUGUUAAUGAAGCAGCAACACAGAAUGAACAAGCUUGCUCCAAACUUUCAUCCUGAACCAGCUGUGGUAAUCGACAGAAAUGGAAGCAACGUAAUAGUCCAAACAGAAAAAGGUGAGAUUUAUCGGCGAAAUUCUUCACACCUCAAAAGGAUUCCGCAAGACUCGAUCGACCAGAGUGGUUCGGUCAAGGGUUCGGUGGAUAUACAGCAAGGAUCCAGCUCGUCAAAUUCCAGCAAGUAUGGCCGAGUAUCAUCAGCAACCACAUGCACCUCUAUACGAAAGAACCAUUUACCAGAAUCUGCUGAAGCAGGCGAGGAGGAUACGGAGAACAUUCUAACUCGUUCAACAGAGCUGACGGGUAGUACAGUCCGACCCAGACGUCAAUCAAAGGUUCCGGUAAAGUAUAAAGAUUAUGAGAUGUAA